AUGGACUCAGAUCCCGCGGCAAGACGCCCAAGGGCUCCAACAAUCACAGUCGACACUGCUGCUGUUGACACAAACGAACCCGGAACAACAGAAUCCAUCCACGCCUCUCCAUCGCCGUUAGACGACACAAACACACUCGCAGUCCCAACGAAUAAAUCACGCGCUGGAUCAUGGGCUUCAACUUCACCAUCUACAAAAGUCGGCACCGACCAUGAACAAAUGCAUCGCGAAGUCGAAGCUCUUCGAAAAGGCGACCAGCAGGAGAUCCUCAAGGCAGACCCGGGUGAGGAAGCGCAGUUCAACGUUGAGAACAACCCUUUCGCCUUUUCGCCUGGACAACUUUCCAAACUCAUCAAUCCUAAGAAUCUGGCCGCGUUUGUCGCGCUUGGAGGAUUGCCUGGUCUUGAGAAGGGUUUGAGGACGGACGCAAAGGCCGGAUUGAGCCCCGAUGAAGGAAAGCUGAGAGAUCAUGUUUCUUUUGAGGAAGCUACUGCCACGAAAGAGGGCUUCAAGGCUUCACCGACAGACAACGUACUACCAACGACCGAGGUUGACGAUGAUGGCCAUGUUGCCAAAGACGCCUUUCCCGAUCGCAAACGAGUCUACGGCUCCAACCGUCUUCCCGAACCGAAAGCCAAAUCCUUCUUUCAACUCGCCUGGAUCGCCCUUCAAGAUCACGUCCUUAUCCUCCUCUGCGUCGCAGCAGUUGUAUCCCUAGCCCUAGGCCUUUACCAAACAUUCGGCGCGACACACCACGAAGGUGCCAAGGUCGAAUGGGUUGAAGGUGUGGCUAUCAUCGUUGCCAUCACCAUCGUCGUCGUCGUCGGCGCAGCGAAUGACUGGCAGAAGGAGCGACAGUUCCAAAAGCUGAACCAGAAGAAGGAGGAUCGUAUUGUCAAGAUUACACGCGCCGGAAAGCCCCAGAACAUCUCCAUCCACGAUGUUCUUGUGGGUGAUGUUAUGCUUCUCGAGCCUGGUGAUGUCAUUCCUGUUGAUGGUGUCUUCAUCUCAGGCCACAAUCUCAGCUGUGAUGAGAGUUCUGCUACUGGAGAGUCGGACCUCAUCAAGAAGGUUGGCGCUGAUCAGGUUCUUCACGCUUUGUUGAACGAGCCUACGCCGCAGCUAAAGAAGCUUGAUCCUUUCAUCAUCUCCGGAGCAAAGGUUCUCGAUGGUGUCGGAACGUUCCUCGUCACAGCCGUUGGAGAGCAAUCUAGUUAUGGAAAGACAAUGAUGUCUCUCCGUGAUGAUCCCGGCCUGACACCUCUCCAAGCCAAGCUCAACCUCCUCGCCGGCUAUAUCGCCAAGCUCGGUUCCCUGGCUGGUGGUCUUCUCUUCCUCGUCCUGUUCAUCAUGUUCCUCGUUGGCCUCCGCAACAGCACCGACACAGGUGAACAGAAGGGCCAAGCUUUUCUCCAGAUCCUGAUCACAGCCAUCACCGUUAUCGUCGUCGCCGUUCCAGAAGGUCUUCCUCUAGCCGUUACCCUGUCUCUUGCCUUCGCGACAAAGAAGAUGACACGCGAGAAUAACUUGGUCCGACAUCUCCAGUCUUGUGAGGUUAUGGGUAACGCUACGGUUAUUUGUUCCGACAAGACCGGUACUCUUACGGAGAAUGUCAUGACCGUUGUCGCUGGCUCUUUGGGUCUUCGAGGACGUUUCUCCUUUGGCGAUUCUUCUCUUGACCAGUCUGAGUCAACACCUUCAACACCUACCGAGAAGAAUGAUACGCUCCCCCUCAACACUUUCUCAGAGAAGCUCGACCCUGAGUACAAGGACCUUCUCAAGACUGCCGUCACCGUAAACACAACCGCCUUCGAGGACGAUGGCACCUUUGUCGGCACCAAGACCGAAACCGCUCUUCUCGACUGGGCUCGUCGCUACCUCGGUCUUGGCCCUCUGGCAAUUGAACGCUCCAACCAUCCCAUCUCGCAGAUGUUCCCCUUCAACUCCCAGCGCAAGUGCAUGGGUGCCGUUGUCCAAAUCCCCGGCCCAACGAAGGAUAAGCCUAAGCAUCGUCUGUUUAUCAAGGGUGCUUCCGAAAUUGUUCUUGGCGAAUGUACUGCCAUUCUCGGCGACCCUACCCAAGGUACCUCUACCGAAUCGCUGUCGGACAACCACAAGGAGGGUCUUCGAUCCCUUAUCACUGGUUACGCCACCAACUCCCUGCGAACCAUCGGUCUUGCAUACCGCGACUUUGAGUCUUGGCCUCCUGUCCUUACCCUCCGCCCCGAGGAUGAAGCGAACACUGAAAUCGACCUUACCGACCUCGUGCACAACCUCACCUGGAUGGGUGUCGUGGGUAUCCAAGACCCUGUCCGCAAGGGUGUCCCCGAGGCCGUCUCUGACUGCGGUAUCGCUUCCGUCAACGUCAAGAUGGUUACAGGUGACAACGUCGAAACCGCCCGCGCAAUCGCUCUCAACUGUGGUAUCCUCACUGAAGCCAACAUGGUCGAACCCAACGCCGUCAUGCAAGGUUCCGAUUUCCGCAAGCUUACUGAAUCUGAACGCUCAAACGUGGUAAGGAAGCUCCGUGUCCUUGCUCGCUCCAGCCCUGAAGACAAGCGUGUCCUCGUCAAGGCCUUGCGUGCACUAGGCGAGAUCGUCGCUGUCACAGGUGAUGGUACCAACGACGCUCCUGCUCUCAAGGCUGCUGACGUCGGUUUCUCAAUGGGUAUCACAGGAACGGAAGUCGCCAAGGAAGCUUCUGACAUUAUUCUCAUGGAUGACAACUUCUCUUCCAUCGUCGUCGCACUUGGUUGGGGUCGCGCAAUUAACGACUCCGUCAAGAAGUUCCUCCAGUUCCAACUCACUGUCAACAUUACUGCUGUUGGUGUCACCUUUGUGUCCGCCGUUUCAGAUGAUGAGCAGAAGUCCAUUCUUAACGCCGUCCAACUUCUCUGGGUCAACCUCAUCAUGGAUACCUUUGCCGCUCUUGCUCUCGCUACAGACCCUCCUACCGGAAGUCUUUUGCACCGCGAGCCUGAAUCGCGUACUGCGCCCUUGAUCACCAUUACUAUGUGGAAGAUGAUCAUCGGUCAAUCCAUCUACCAGCUUAUUGUCUGUUUCGUCCUUUGGUUCGGUCGCGAUCCUAUUCUUGGAUACGACGAGACUGAAGUCCGAUCUCUGAUCUUCAACAUCUUCGUCUUUAUGCAGAUCUUCAAGCUUGUUAACUCUAGACGUAUCGACAAUAAGCUCAACAUCUUCGAGGGUCUCCACCGCAACAGUCUCUUCAUGCUGAUGAUGACAAUCAUGGCAGCCGGCCAAGUCAUCAUUAUCUUCUUUGGCGGCGCCGCCUUCGUGGUGACCCGUCUCAACGGUGUACAAUGGGGAAUCUCUCUUGCCCUCGGAUUCCUGUCUAUUCCCGUUGGUGUACUCAUCCGUCUUUUCCCUGACGCCUGGUUCGCCUCCAUUGUCGCAGUCUUCGCUAAGCUCUGGCCAAGCUGGCUCCUGUCCCGCAAGAAGAACGACGACGACGAAGAAUCUUCCGAUAAGCAACUGGAGGGUUACGACAUGGAUACCGCGCUGCUUGGCAUUCGUGACGAUCUUGAGUUCCUGAAGCGUGUUCGUGGUGGACGCAUGACUGUUCUCAGCGACAAAAUGGAGCAUUCCCGUGAGAAGAUGCGCGAGAAGCUCCGUCGCAAGCGCUCUGAUUCUCGACCCCGAAGCAAGAUGCGCAGCCGUGGAUCAUCUAGGUCAUCUAACAGACCACCUAUCUCACCUAUGAUGUCAGUUGUUGGUAUGCCUGGUAUUGUGGCUGCUAGUAUAGCAGGACUCCAGCCUGGACAGAACGGCGAGAACCUCGAGACGCGACAGGCGUGA